CGUAGCCCCUGAAACGGGUCUUUCUGGGAAGUAUAAGACCCAUGAUGGAGUCAUGAACCCUGAGAGUAAGAGAUUAGAAGGUCAGUCUGUUGACAGAGUCCAGCUGCAGAGAGCAGGCUCACCUGUACCCACCUGUCUGUCUGUGAAGAGUGACGAGUCAAUGGAACUUCCACUACAUCUCAAAGCAGGACCUUUUCCUAUUCUUCUAAGAGACCAGGUGAAGAGAUCAGACUCACAUGUACCAUCGAUUAUGAGUGAUUCAUCAAUGGAUCCUCCAUAUCACUUCAAAGAAAGAACCUUUCCUAUUGGUCAGAGGAUUGAGAUGGAGAGAGCAGACUCACCUGUACCCAGCUGUGUGUCUAUGAAGAGUGAGCGGUCAAUGGAUCAUCCACUCAAAUUUGGGGGAGACACAAACACUGAUCAGAGAGUUCAGCUGGAGAUAUCAGAGACAGUGAUGCCCAGCGGUCAGUCUGGCCAGAGCCACCAGAUGAAUUUGUCAUCCAUAUUCAAGUUGCUUGAAGACAUGCUUAUCCAGCUGGUGCAGAACAAGCUGAAAAAGCUCCAGGGUGAUCUGAGUCAAGAUUACCCAGAAUGCUUUGAGAGUCAGCUGGAGGAUCCUGAUGUCCUGGAUGAAGUCUACAAGAUGCUGGAGAGCUGUGUCAGAGAGGGGGCAGGGAAGGUCAUAGUGCACAUCCUGAGGAACAUGAACCACAAGGAUGCUUCUGACACACUGGAGAGAAGUAAGUUUCAUUGUGUACUGGCAUCCAAUCUCAAAUGCAGUCUGAAAAAGAAGUUUGAAUGUGUAUUUGAAGGCAUCGCAAAUCAAGGACACACUUCAGAUCUUAAAAAAAUUUACACAGACCUCCAUAUAACACAAGGGGGGCAUGGAGAUGUUAAUAGUGAACGCAAGGUGGAACAGACUGAAGAAACAUUGAAGAAACCAAUUACCCAAGUGACCCAAAUUGAAUGCAAUGACAUCUUUAAAGCAUUACCUGGACAAGACAAACAAGUCAGAACUGUGCUGACAAAAGGGAUUGCUGGCAUUGGAAAAACUGUUUCUGUGCAAAAGUUCAUCCUUGACUGGGCAGAAGGAAAAGCCAAUCAGGAUGUUGAUUUCAUGUUUCCUCUACCUUUCCGAGAGCUGAAUUUGAUCAGGACAAAACAGUACAGUUUGAUACAAGUGCUUCACCACUUCUUCCCAGACAUCAAAGAGUUUGGAUCCCUUACAAGUGGUUGUUACAAAGUUGUGGUCAUCUUUGAUGGUCUGGAUGAGUGUCGACUUCCCUUAGAUUUCCAGAACAAUGAGAUAUGGUCUGAUGUGACAGAACCAACAUCAGUGGACAUGCUUCUGACAAACCUCAUUAAGGGGAAUCUGCUUCCCUCUGCUCUUCUCUGGAUCACCACCCAACCAGCAGCAGCCAAUCAGAUCCCUCCUGAGUGUGUCCACCAGGUGACAGAGGUACGAGGGUUUAAUGAUCCACAGAAGGAGGAGUACUUCAGCAAGAGGUUCAGUGAUCAGAACCUGGCCAGCAGAAUUAUCACACACAUAAAGUCAUCAAGGAGCCUCUACAUCAUGUGCCACAUACCAGUCUUCUGUUGGCUUGCAGCCACCGUGCUCGAACAAAACAUUAGCGAGUCAGACAGUGGAGAAAUCCCUAAGACUCUGACUCAAAUGUACACAUACUUCCUGCUUAUUCAGAUUAAGAUGAAGAAUCAGAAGUAUCUCACUGAGCAAGAGAGAGAAAAAGAUAAGUUGUCAGACUCAGACAAAGAUGUUGUUCUGAAACUGGGAAAGCUGGCUUUCCACAACCUGGAAGAGGGCAAACUCAUCUUCAGUGAGGAAGACCUGAGACAAGUUGAUAUUGAUGUCAGUGAGGCUUCACUGUUCUCUGGAGUGUGCACAAAAAUCUUCAAAGAGGAGUUUGGGCUGUAUCAGAGUAAAGUGUAUAGCUUUGUGCAUCUGAGUGUUCAGGAUUAUCUUGCUGCUCUGUAUGUGUUUCUCUCAUGUGGAACACACAACAAAAAUGCAAUGGACAAAGAUAAAUUCUGUUCACCAAAAAGUCAAAAGUUAUUCAGAGAAAUGUCUUUAACUGAAUUGCACAAAUGUGCUGUGAAACAAGCUUUACAAUCUGAGAAUGGACACUUGGACCUUUUCCUCCGCUUUCUUCUUGGCCUCUCACUGGAAUCCAAUCAGUCUCUCUUGCAAGGGCUACUGAUGCAGCCAAGAAAAUGCUCAAAGAACAUUAAGAAAACAGUCCAUUACAUCAAAAAGAAGAUCAGGAAGAGUGUCUCCCCAGAGAGGACCAUCAAUCUGUUCCACUGUCUGAAUGAACUGAAUGACCAUUCUCUGGUGGAGGAAAUCCAAAGUUACCUGAGCUCAGGAAGUCUUUCAAGAGAAGACCUCUCACCUGCACAGUGGUCAGCUCUAGCCUUUGUUUUGCUGACAUCAAAAGAGGAGCUGGAUGUGUUUGACUUGAAGAAAUAUGUCAGAUCAGAUGAAGCUCUUCUGAGGCUGCUGCCAGUGGUCAAGGCCUCUCAAACAGCUCUGCUGGACAGCUGUAACCUCAGUAAUGAAUGCUGUGAAGCACUGGCCUCAGCUAUCAGCUCAAACUCCUCCAGUCUGAGAGAGCUGGACCUGAGUGACAAUGACCUGCAGGAUUCAGGAGUGAAGCUGCUCUCUACUGGACUGGAGAAUCCACACUGUAAACUGGAGACCCUGAGGCUGAACAGGUGUAACCUCAGUGAAAAAUGCUCUGAAGAGCUGGCCACAGCUAUCAGCUCAAGCUCCUCCAGUCUGAGAGAGCUGGACCUGAGUGACAAUGACCUACAGGAUUCAGGAGUGAUUCUGCUCUCUGCUGGACUGGGGAAUCCACACUGUAAACUGGAGACACUGAGGCUGAACAGGUGUAACCUCAGUAAGAAAUGCUGUGAAAUACUGGCCUCAGCUGUCAGCUCCUCCAGUCUGAGAGAGCUGGACCUGAGUGACAAUGACCUGCAGGAUUCAGGAGUGGAGCUGCUCUGUGUUGGACUGGGGAAACCACAGUGUAAACUGGAGACACUGAGACUGUCAGGAUGUCAAAUCACAGAGAGAGGCUGUGGUUAUCUGGCCUCAGUUCUGCAUUCAAACCCCUCACACCUGAGAGAGCUGGAUCUGAGCUACAAUCACCCAGGAGACUCAGGAGUGAGAGCGCUCUCUGCUGGACUGGAUGAUCCCAACUGUAAGCUGGAAAAACUGAGUGUGGAGCAUGGUGGUGAGUGCAGGAUCAAACCAGGUCCGAGGAAAUAUGCCUGUCAGCUGACACUGGACCCCAACACAGCCCACAGAAAGCUGGCACUCUCUAACAGGUGCAGGAAGCUGACACGAACAGGAAACGAGCGGCCUUAUCCUUACCGGCAAGAGAGAUUUGAUCACUGGCCCCAAGUGCUGUGCAGAGAGGGUCUGUCUGGGCGCUGCUACUGGGAGGUUGAGUGGAGUGGGGCUUCAGUUCGUAUAGGAGUGGCAUGUAAAGGAGUCAGCAGGAAAGGAUGGAAGAAUAGCAUGCUUGGGUGCAGUGAGAAGUCCUGGUGUUUGUACUCUACCCGCGACAGUUAUGCUUUCUGGCACAACAAGAAGACAACUACCACACUUUUCUUCACCUCCCCCGCCCACAGAGUAGGAGUGUAUCUGGACUGGGCGGCCGGCACUCUGUCCUUCUACAGCGUCUCCUCUGACACACUGACCCUCCUGCACACAUUCCACACAAAAUUCACUGAGCCCCUCUAUCCUGGGUUUAAUGUUGGGUUUGACUCCUCAGUGUUACUGCGCCAGCUGGAAUAGACUCCUGUGUCCUGGAGGAAUACCUGCCUCCCCAGUGUCCCUGAUCCAGCUGGAAUAGAUUCCUGUGUCCUGGAGGAACACCUGCAUGCUUUGGGACGUCACACCCCUGCUUAAGCUCAGCUGUGUGAGGAAAUACAGAUGAAUGGAAAAAAUGGCAUCUGGGCACCUACUAGCAGCUAACCAGCUUGCUAGCUAAAUGUUUGGACAUUUUUUUCAAAUCUUCAAAUCUGAAUAUCCACCUGCAUUAUAUUAAGUAAUCUUAACCUGUCUUGUGUGUGUUCACCCAUGUCUAGCUAAUGAGCUAGUAAUGACAACAAAUGUCUGUCCAGCACAUUUUCAGUGUUUUCUUUUAAAAUGUCUAUAUGCAGGAGACUCAAUUAUUUGUAUGGCAUAUGACAAUAUUGUAUAAACACUCAUCUUUCUGCCAAAUGU